GAAGUUCACGGUUUUUCUCGCGGUCAGCCUACUUAAAUCCCCUCUCCUCCAGGUUUGAGUCGGCCAUUUCAACUUUACAGGCAGACCCCACCGACAGAGGCAGACAGACGGCGACUGAUACCAUCCGAAGAUGACUGACCAAGCUAUUUCCUUUGCUAAGGACUUCUUGGCUGGUGGUAUUGCUGCUGCCAUCUCCAAAACAGCUGUAGCCCCCAUUGAGAGAGUCAAGCUUCUCCUCCAGGUAUGUCUAAACAUUUAUCACAGAGAGAUAAAUGUGUGAUUAUUUUUUUAAUAUGUAGUGAAAGUACCUGCUACUUAAUCUUGAUUAAAUGCAGGGUUUUCUUGUUUAUUUUUAGCUGAAUCAGAGUGAUAGGAGGUGUAUAUUUGUGCAGAUGCAGCCAUGAGUGAUAUGAAAGAGGCGACAUGAAAAUGUGUUGUCCACAUCAGCAGUUUGAGUCCAUAGACAGUGAAUCAGAGCAGCUCUGCCUCAGAUUGGUGCAGGCACAGAUGGAAAUGAGCUCCAUCGAGCUGCAUCAAGACUGUUAUGUAAUACACUGGCCAGCAAUCUGCAGUCAGGCCCAGCUUGGAUUCAGUGAAUUAUAAAGAGCAGGCAUUGUGACUGUGGUGUUAGGAAGUGCUCAUCCACCAUGACAGGUCUUUGGUCUGGCUGGACAGCUAGUAGCCAAGGUCACAGAUUGGUUUGCACCAUGGCAGUCCUCUGCUGCAUUGGGCCUGAGCUCAGCAACAGCAGCAGCAGCAGCAGGAGGAGGAGGAGGUGGGGCUGUGAAUUGUUGAAUGGAUGCCAUGAGUGUAGUACUCUGGCACAUGGAUGCGAAUGUGUCAGUCAGGCAAACACAUGGGAAUCAAGGGAAUUUGUUUCCUCUUCACUGAAAGUUGCUAGAAGGUUAACAGGUGCUCAUUCACUCUUGAUAAAAACAGCUGUUUUGAUCGUGAUCUAAUGCACUGCCUCGUCUCUGCUGUUAUUCCAGGUACAACAUGCCAGCAAACAGAUCGCAGCAGACCAGCAGUACAAGGGCAUAAUUGACUGUGUCGUCCGUAUCCCCAAAGAGCAGGGCUUCCUCUCAUUCUGGAGAGGGAAUUUAGCCAACGUCAUCCGAUACUUUCCCACUCAGGCCCUCAACUUUGCUUUCAAGGACAAGUACAAGAAGGUUUUCCUCGAUGGCGUAGACAAGCGCACUCAGUUCUGGAGAUACUUUGCAGGUAACCUGGCAUCAGGCGGCGCCGCUGGAGCCACCUCGCUCUGUUUCGUCUACCCUCUUGACUUUGCCAGAACACGUCUGGCUGCUGAUGUUGGCAAAGCGGGGACGGAGCGUGAGUUCAAAGGCCUGGGAGACUGCUUGGUAAAAAUCAGCAAGUCUGAUGGCAUCAAGGGUCUGUACCAGGGCUUCAGCGUCUCUGUGCAGGGCAUCAUCAUCUACAGAGCAGCUUACUUUGGAGUCUACGACACAGCAAAGGGUCAGUUUAAAUUAUCGGGCGUUUGAUGCUUAAUUUAUCUUUCUUUUGACAGAUAAAGCUUCAUUAAACCUUUCUGGUUGAUGUUUUUCUUUCAGGAAUGCUCCCAGACCCAAAGAACACGCACAUUGUUGUCAGCUGGAUGAUUGCUCAGUCUGUGACAGCAGUUGCCGGUCUCGUGUCUUACCCCUUCGACACUGUCCGUCGUCGUAUGAUGAUGCAGUCUGGACGCAAAGGAGGUAAUAUAUGCAGUUCAUCAAAACAAAACUCUCAAUGUUCUGCUGAUUAUUUAUUAUCAUAAGGGUGUGAUGUAUUUUUUUACCUUUUUUUCCCCUCUCAGCCGACAUCAUGUACACCGGCACCAUCGACUGCUGGAGGAAGAUUGCCCGUGAUGAGGGCUCCAAGGCCUUCUUCAAGGGGGCGUGGUCUAAUGUGCUCAGAGGCAUGGGUGGCGCCUUUGUGCUUGUCUUGUAUGAUGAGCUUAAGAAAGUCAUCUAAGUUGUUUUUGUAUGUCCACUGUUCAUGUUGUGACGUUUAACUGUAACAUAUCUUAUACAUUUUGGAAGGACUUAAGAUGCUGCGUUAUAUUUAUAGGGACCAGCUAGUACUUUCUACUAGUUGUAACGGGGGAAUCUGACAUGCACUCUGCUCCUGGCCCAUGCUUUCUCUCUUUUUUGUUCCGCUGCUCACCAGAAUGUAAAUCCCUGUAACACAGGAACCUAACAGGAAAAAUAAACUCAAACUAUACUGAUUGAAUCCUCUGUCUGGUUUUGAAAUGUAAUGGCGUACUCAAAGGGCAUCUAGCGGUCACGGUGCAACAGUGUGUCUCUGCAGCUCGUGUCCUCGGUCUUGCUGAAGCCGCUUGGCAGCCUCUUGUGUGAAGUGAAAGCUUAGAGCUGCAGAGGGUCUGUCAGGUUGUAGUUGGGGUGGAGCCAAAAUCAGCUGAGAAAGUUGACCUGGUGACAGUAUUUGAGUCAGGCAUGCUCGUAGAAAAGUGAUCUGGAGGAAGCUUCAGACACUUUAACAACAUAUAUUGAUAGCUCAGUUGCACGAGUGUCUCUCUAACCUGUCUCGAGGUGGAUUAAUCCAAACUUCUAAAUAUACUUUCAUCUCCUGCCAAGCCUCUUGUGACUCCAGCUGGUGUGACUGAGGACAUUAACCUUGAGCUUAUGUGACAGACACACCUGUUGUAGUUAUUUACUAUCAUAGUCAAGUGAUCUCUGAGUUUUUGCCAAAUAAAUUAGUGAAAAAGAGACACAUUUGUGUGGUCUUCCACGACUAAGAAGCUCAAGGCACCGUGGCGAGUCCAUAGUUCUGUUUCAAGCUUUCGCUGAUGUGUAUUUUAAGUGGUGUCACUCAUUAAAUUCCCCCUGAAACAUGAUCUUGUCAGCUGUGGGAAGCACAUGGUUGUAGGACAGAACACAAUGUGCUCCUUUUGAGUUUCCAAACACAUUAUGUCAUGUACUGUGUGAUACUGGAUGAAGUCUUUGUCUUAGUGCUGCCAGUAUGUCAAAAAAGAUCACCACUUUGAGUAUUUACCCUUUUAAUUGUCUAAAAGUGUGUACUUUUAAACUAUGUGACCGCUGAUUCGAUAUCCAAACAUUACACUGUCACUUUUACUUUCUUGCUCUGAGGUCAUGGGGCCACUUGGUAGCUUUGAUCAGUCUUUAGCCAUUUUCGUUGACUAAUUAUAGCACUUCAGCUUUCUGAGAACAUUACCAAUCCAUUUCAGGAUAAAAGAAAUUAAGCCCCUGUUUCAAUUAAGAGGCUGUUUGACUCACGGUCUGAUACAAAAGGAGUCACUGUCUGCCGUGAGCUUUAGAGAUCCUCUAAGAGUGUUAAGUUACUGCAGCUGUAAUUGCUUUUAUUGAAAGUGGGGCCUCAUAAUUGGAGUCUAUGCAGACAGUUUAUGUGAAUCUGAAAUAUUAGUGAUUCUUUGAACCAUUAUUGAACCUCGUAGUUCAUUAGAAGUUGAAUUCUGUCACUGAAGAUGUCUUCUGUGUGGUGUGGGAGUCAUGUGAUCUGUUCACAAUAACUACAGAGCAGCCGAAACAUUAGCCUAAGCCAAAAUCCUAAAAAAAUUAACCAGUCAUAGAAAGCGACAUCUCUUGCAUCGAGAGUAAUGGGGUCAUCUAGUGAACUGAUCACUUGGUAAAUAGACACACUGUGUCUUGGACAGUGAAACCAGACUGAUCUUGAAAGCAGGAAGUAACCUCGUUUUAGUAACGCUAUCAGACGACACAAUUUACUCAGCAGACUUAAACCUUUUUCUGUGAUUUAAAAAGUCUUGGACAUGCUGCGACCCCUGCAAAUCACAUCCUAAUUCUAUGUUGACCAAACUCUCCACAAAAAGCCCUUCUCAGCAGGUAGUGAUCUCUUCUUCAGCCGCUCCAUUACAACUUUUAACAGGGAUUAGUGAAUUAGAGGCAACAGGGAUCCAAGCCACUUACACACUGUCUGUCUGUGUGUCUGUGUGUGUGGCUUUAGAUAUGCAGUGUCUUCUUCAGGUCAAAUCUGGGUAAGGAGUCAGACGAGUUCAAUCGAUGAUUUUCUGCAUUCAAAACUUCAUUUACUUUGAUAAGCUGCAAUAAGGCUAAAUGUGCUCAAGCAUUUUGUUUCCUGACUGGUGAUUCUUGAAAACAUCUUUUGGAUAUCUCACAAAUUUAGGUCAAGUCAGAUAUGUGUAUUCAAAUCAAUAAGGUUAAUAUAUAUGAAUAAAUUUGACAAAAUAUUUUAGUUGUAUGCUGAAAAUUGGACAUCAUGCGUCACAAUGCUGCAAAUUGAAACACCUGCUGAAACUCCUUUGUGUUCAAGGUUAAGGUGCUAAGGCUGAGAGUUGGAAAAAUUCUUAAUCGUAAAAGAAAGGUUAAGUUCACACAGGAAAAUGAAAUAGUAUAAAAGUGAGAAUGUAUGCAAGAACCUCUGUUUUGUACUCAAGUACAGCACCGCAGUGAGUGCCAACAGUGCUGAAUUUACUCUUAAACAGGAGCUAGACACUUUCCACACGGAGCAUCCCUGAGGCCUCCUUCCACUCACACUGGGUCACCAUCAGCUUGCUGUCAGGCAGCCUGUUACGUAAUCUCAGCUGUUAGACUUUGUUACGUCACAGCUUGGGGUUGUGACCUGAGUUUUUUCCGCUUAUGAAAAACACACAGCAAGAUGCCGCUUAAAUAAGAGAUGCAGUUAAAAGGCAGAAGCCUACCGUGGAUAAUUUCUGUGGGUUACACCGUGUGGGCUGACGCUGCGAUGGUUCUAUUACUACACCAGCAAUCCCAUUAAACUCCUUACUAGUUAAGAGGAUUAAUCUGAAGUCCAAACUGGAGGAUUUCUUUUUUUUCUUACUAAAAGUCCCAUUUAAUAUUUGCAUGAAUUAAUUUGAUAGUUUUUGUUACAGUUUAUUUUAUAAAUCUCUUCAUUUGCAUAUUUGUUGAUGGCACACACAAAUUUUACGAUGAUUUAGUUAAUAAUGUGAUAUCUAACAGGACUAUUAAUUUCAUUCUCCAGUGUAUCAGUUUAUAUUGCAGGAUGGAUAAAAAUCACAAAGAAUUCAGGGGCCAAUGACAAGCUAUCACAUUUUGCUCCAGUACCACAGCUAAGGUAGAUGCAGCUCAAUAACAACUAUGAAAGGAAGAGACAGUGUGAUAUUUCUCCAGCAGUGACUGCAGUCAUAUACAUUCUUAUGAACAGUGAAUAAUUUAAACUUUGGCAUACUUUGUAAAGGGAGAUAUAAUAGACUGCCUGAUAUUCUCUGCUGAACUUGCCUCCAACUUACUCACAAGUUACCUUAACUUCUCCUGUCUUGACAUGUGAGCCAGUUAACACAGCCAAAUUAGUCACCCUGACUAAAAUAUAAAUUAUAUUGUAGUUUACAUAAAACAAUAAAAAGAUAAUUAAUUUAUAUGAAAUUUGUAUCUUUUUGGUUGUUCUAAGUUAUAAAGCAUGUUAACAAUUGUUUACAAAGAACUGAUGGGUUUCAACCAGUAUUUAAUGUAUUUAUAAUGUUUUUGACUGUAUCACUGAUUUCAAAUCAUACUUUUUAACUCAUCACACAACAACUGCAUCAUAUUUUGACAUGUAACAUACUUUUGGGUUAACAGUGAAAAAUACUCUUAAAGGCUGGACAGUUAUUAUCAAUAAGGAGAAGAUGAAUGUUUCCAAAGGCCACCCCUUAUGGUCCAAGAUUUUUUUCUGUUUGAAAAAUUAAAUGAGAGAGAAAUCUUACAAUCAAUAUCAACAUCAGUUUUGGUCUUAUUUGUCUGGGCCCUUUGACUGGAAUUAUAUCGCCCUUUUUUCAUUUUCUUUAAAAGCGGAAAAUUAUUUAAGACAAUCUUAUCAAACAUUUUGUUUUUAAGGCAAUAGUGGGAAAAUUUUCAAACUAGUUCUAAAGUAGGCUGUCUUCACUGCCCUGGAUGGUCAGACCUACUUUUUAGGCUCAUCUGAUGGGUUCAUCAUGUUUCUUGUAUAAAUAUUGAGCUGUUUGGACGCUGCGCUUUAACGUUUCAUGUGCUAUGUAAGUGCCACCUUGUGGUGUGUUUUGGCUAUUGCUACCUUAUAUUAAUGAAGUCAAACUGACAUCAUGUGGAGUCCAGAUAUUUUCUUGGUGUGAAAAGAAAACAACAUUUUGAUUUGAAUCAGCUGUUUUUGUUGCAUCCUUGUUAGACUUUGUGUGAGUCAAAAGGAAGUCUUUGCCAAAGUCAUUACAACAAGGCCAACACACUUUAUCUUUGGGUUUAAUUAAGUUGUUUGUUUAUCCAAUGAUUAUCUGCCCUCUAAUAAAUAUUAUGAUGGCUCUUACUGAAUAAUUCAAUCUGACAAUAAAAACUAUACCAGGAGCAGACAGCUCCUAAUGAAGUGCAGUAACUACAGGCUUCAUAAUCUUUUCCAAUAUUAUUUUUGUCAUUUUUAUUUCAGUUGUCAUCAUAGUUAAUACUAUCAUUCAGCUGCCUUGGCUCAAUUCUGAAUGACUCUCCCAACGCCACGUAUUCACUUGGGCUCAACUAAAACAGUCUACCUUAGUCUUUGCAUUUGAAUGAUUAUUAUUGUAGUGAUCAUUUUUCUUCACAAUUAAAACAUUUAACUCUCCAAACUACAUAAAAUGCUUCUGCAAGGCCUCAAAUUUAGAUCAGCCUAUCAAAAUGCCAAAAUCUACUGAAACCACAUUUGAUAAAUUUCUUUUAUAGUUGCCGUAAACUCAGCUAAACUGAUUGUAAAGUGUGGCAACAAGACAACAUAAUGUCUUUUGGUUCAGUCUUGUUCUUUUUGUUGUUGUUUCUGUUUGUGAUAUUGCACUUAUAUUGCAGUUUUUACACCAAA